AUGUAUCUCAUCAUCUACUACCAUGUCAAUGAUAUUUACUAUGUAUUUCCAUUAGCAUAUUAUGAAGAAAUUGAAGACGGACAAAAGCAUGGUCCGAAGCCGAAUAAGAUCGCGAAGAGGAUGAAAAAAAGUAUAUCUAGAACACCUACAUCAUGACAAAGAAGCCAGAGAAUUACAGCAGGAGCAGUUCAGCAGGAGAACUUUCGAAAAUUUUAUUGUCGCGUGGCACCAUAUGGACGGGGAUAAGUGAACUGAUUAUGACAAAGAUGGUGACACAAGCAAGAAUAUAUUAUAGUAAGUCCACCUAGCUACAGCAUGAGCAUUUUCUUCCAUUAAUGUCUGUGUGUCUGUCCUCAAUUUAGGGGAUUUUUUUGCGCUUUCCAAAGUGGAAGCCAAUCGCCUAAGAUACGAAAACUAACGAGUUACUGGUCCAAGCAACCGGCUGGUUGUAUGACCAGAACGUUAGGCGGUCGCAAACGUCACAACAACUCCUAGUCGACUAGGACUUGUGAGAAUGUCCAAUCACCUAGUUGUACUACAUGGCACACUUCCGGAGGAAAGAUUACAGGAGAGAGAACACCAAAGCAGCAAGAGGUAG